AUGCGGCACAAAGGAAGAAUUAUAUCAACAAGAACUCGCAGAAGAUUAUCGAAUUUAAAAUUGUUUACCAAAAAAGAAGUUAAGAGUGCUGAAAAAAAUCAGACAUCUGAGGAGUCGCAGGACAGUCAAGGCAGUUUUUGGAAUGGAGAAAGAAGAAUCAUAGAACUAGAUACUUUGAUUGAGGGUUUACGAUCGUGUCUUCAUUGCUCGAAUUCACUAAGAUUAGAAUGCAGAAAUAUAUACUUCCUAUUCUCGAAGUCAUUACGGUAUUUGAAUUUGGUUGGUAUUGAGUUUCAAUUUUACACAAUUACAGCAAUGAUUAAUGUUGGAAUUGGGGAGCAACAAAUAAACAACAUUUUGGCCGAAUUAAAUAUUCCAACGAUACACCACAAAACCUUGAAAGAAAGAGAAAGAGAGGUGGGGCGUGCAUUUGAAGAAAUUGCAGAUAAAUCCUGCAAUAUGGCCUUGGAGGAGGAAAAGUUACAUAUAUGCACAAACAGCGGUGACGGUACCCAAGCUCCACAGGUUUCCUGUGACGGCGCUUGGCAAAAGCGAGGGACAGGGCAAAACUAUGACAGCCUCUCAGGGCAUGUAACAGUCGUUGGAAAGCAUACCAAAAAAUGCCUUGCAUUCGGUUUGGCCUGCAGGUCCUGCAGAAAAUGCACACAUGCCAGGAGAAAGAAAAAACAAGCUAAAACUCACAAUUGUAAAAGAAAUUGGUCAGGUUCGGCAAAAGGGAUGGAGCCUUUUUUAACAGUAAAAUGUUUGAAAUCAUUAAAAGACAAAGGCUUUGAUGUAAAAAAACUUACCAUGGAUGAUGACACUACCACAUUCAUCAGAGCAAAAAAGGCAAUUUCUCCAGAAUUAACAAAAUCAAGCGACAAAAAUCAUGUAGUUAAGAAUCUUACGAGCAAUUUGUACAAACUUCGUCAGGGAAACAAAAAUUUGAGCGUGAAGAUUAUCAAUUAUUUCAAAAAGUGUUUUUCUUACGCAGUGCAGCAAAACAGGGGUAGCCCAGCAUCCCUUCGGGAAAAUCUAGAGGCCAUUGUCCCUCAUGCCUUUGGAGAACAUGUUAAGUGUAAUGAAAAGUGGUGUGGAUUUUUGAAAGACCCAACUUCCUACAAACACAAGUCGCUACCACACGGAAGAGACCUGGAAGAUGAAGGCUUGCGGGAGUCAUUAUCCAGCAUUUUUGCUAAAUAUACUACCAACGCUGACAAAUUCUCAGAUCUGGAGUCUUCGAAUGCUAAUGAGAAUCUCAACCAUAUGAUUGCAAAGAAGGCCCCCAAAUCACAGCAUUACUCCGGGUCAGAAAGUUUAGCUUAUCGCCUUUCUGCAUCUAUAGCACAGAAAAAUGAGGGUCAUCGGUAUCUGUUAGAGGUCAAUAAAACGUGCAAUCUCUCACCUGGGAAACAUGCUACAGAGAGGUUUCACAAACUGGACCAAAAGAGAAAUGUAAAAAAGGUUAAACAGGGGACUAUCCAGGCAAAAAGGGAGCGACUAAAAGCGAAGGAAAAUCGACAUACUGUGCAAGUGAUGGAGGAACUGAGGGAAGGAACUACUUAUGAAUCAGGUGUUACACUAAAUAAAGAAGAGGGUCAGCUUGAUGAAGAAAUACAAGAAAUUCCGUUGCCAGCAACCACUAAAAAACGGACAACGAACACCCUUGUAUCCACUUCCACAUCAGUUGUAAUCAUUGACCUAGAAACCACAGGAUUCGCUACCGAUAGCAGUAUUAUCCAAAUUGCGGCGAGAGAGUUGAAAACAUCUGAUCACUUUGUGAGAUUCGUCAUGCCACAAAACGGUUUCAUCCCGUCUACAGUGUCAAAACUUACUGGUAUUGAAGUUCAUGGGUUGACCAUGUAUUAUAACCUUAUUCCAGUUGAAUCCACAACAUGCGAACGUGCUAUUGGUGAAUUCUUGGUAUGGUUAAAAAAACAUAAGUCACCAGUUCUGGUUGCUCACAACGCCAAGUUUGAUGCGCGCAUCCUUGUUUCAACCAUCUGCAGGCUCAAAAUGGAGGAUAAUUUGAAAGAUAUCUCUGGAUUCAGUGAUACCCUAAAACUUUUCAAAAACGAAUUCCCAGGUAGAAGCUCAUACAAACUGGAGAGUCUGACAACAGAUCUUAUUGAUGAUCAGAAUGAAAACUUGCAAUUGCAUAAUGCAGAAGCUGACGUAAAUGUAUUGACGAAUUUAUUGAAAAGGGUAUCGGACGUUCAUGAAAAACUGAUGGCGAACUUAUUUUCAACCGAUAGUGUUCUAGUAAAUAAUCAAAAACUGAUAAACAAGAAAAUGUAUUUCGAAAGUUUUAGUCGCUUGAUAGACCAAAAUGUACUUUCAAAAACACAAAGCAGCAAUCUAGCCGCGCAGGGAAUUAGUGAGAUGCACAUGUCCUUGGCCAGCAAACGGGCAGGAAAAGACGGAAUAAGGAAUAUAUUGAGAGGGAAAAUUACAAAACUCGAGUCUGUUGUUGAGAAACUUUCCGUAUUCUAUGGGUCAAAUACAUGUCAUACAUAA